AUGAUUAAUGGAUAUUGCAAGAGCAAAAUGGUGGACCAAGCAAUCACUCUCUUUAAAGAGAUGCGUUGUAAAAGUAUAGUUCCCGAUAUUGUAAUUUACAAUUGCCUUGUUGAUGGUUUCUGCAAAUUAGGAAGAAUACCAUGGGUACAUGAUCUUCUUGAUGAAAUGCAGAAAGAAUUGUUACAUGCUUUAUGCAAAAUCCAACAUCUUGAUGAGGCAAUAACACUAUUUUGGAAAAUUAUUGACAAAGGGUUUCGUCCAAAUGCCUACAUGUGUAGUAUUCUUUUGAAUGGAUUGUUCAAAUGUGGAAGAGUAAGAACUGCAAGAGAGUUUUUUGAGCAUCUUUUGAUCAACAAUUGUUGUCUAAAUGUUUUGACCUAUAAUAUUAUGAUAAGUGGGCUUUGUAAAGAGGGCUUGAUGGACGAAGCAAUGACCUUAUUUUCAAAAAUGAAAGGAAAUGAUUGUCUUCCAAAUGCUGUAAAUUAUGAAACAAUUGUUGGAGCUCUUCUUGGUAGUAAUAAGAAUGAGCAAGCUGUAAAGCUUCUUCAUGAAAUGAUCAGUGAAGGACUGAAGGUCUACUGA